AUGACUUCCAAGGAGGACGGCAAGGCGGCGCCGGGGGAGGAGCGGCGGCGCAGCCCGCUGGACCACCUGCCGCCGCCCGCCAACUCCAACAAGCCGCUGACGCCGUUCAGCAUCGAGGACAUCCUCAACAAGCCGUCUGUGCGUAGAAGUUACUCGCUGUGCGGGGCGGCGCACCUGCUGGCCGCCGCGGACAAGCACGCGCCGGGCGGCUUGCCCCUGGCGGGCCGCGCUCUGCUCUCGCAGACCUCGCCACUGUGCGCGCUGGAGGAGCUCGCCAGCAAGACCUUUAAGGGGCUGGAGGUCAGCGUCCUGCAAGCAGCCGAAGGCCGCGACGGGAUGACUAUCUUUGGGCAACGGCAGACCCCCAAGAAGCGGCGGAAGUCACGCACGGCCUUCACCAACCACCAGAUCUACGAGUUGGAGAAGCGCUUCCUCUACCAGAAGUACCUGUCCCCCGCAGAUCGCGACCAAAUCGCUCAGCAGCUGGGCCUCACCAACGCACAGGUCAUCACCUGGUUCCAGAACCGGCGCGCCAAGCUCAAGCGGGACCUGGAGGAGAUGAAGGCCGACGUGGAGUCCGCCAAGAAACUGGGCCCCAGUGGGCAGAUGGACAUCGUGGCGCUGGCGGAACUCGAGCAGAACUCGGAGGCCGCAGGCGGAGGCGGCGGCAGCUGCGGCAGGGCCAAGUCGAGGCCCGGCUCUCCCGCACUCCCCCCAGGCGCCCCGCAGGCCCCGGGCGCCGGGCCGCUGCAGCUCUCGCCUGCCUCUCCGCUCACGGACCAGCCGGCCAGCAGCCAGGACUGUUCGGAAGAUGAGGAAGACGAAGAGAUCGACGUGGACGACUGA